ACCUAAACAGAGAGGGGAAAGUGCCCUUCUACUUUUGGCAUGAAGAAGUAUUUCUCAGAAACAAGAUUGAUUCCAGGAAAGUAAGACUUAGAGUUUUAGCUUUCCAAACUAUGAAUCCCAUUGGCUUACACAGUUAACAGACAUUAAUCUUUUUGGCUACAUAUCAUUUAUUUCGUUAACACGUCACCAUUAGCGCGUACCUUCGGACAGGCAAGCCUUGUGUGAAACAACCCUUUGGAGGAAAGUCCUAACGCCACCAUGAAGUAUUUUCCUUUUCUGGUGUUUCUGAUGUGCCUCUCAGUCGGUGAGUUCACCAUAGUCCUUUUUGAUUGCCAAUUUGUGCCAAUGAAUCUAGUUCCCCAACCGCUGCACAAGCUAUCUGCUUGAAUCACGUAUCCCGAAAAACUAAAAAGGGAGCAAUUUUUUGUUGCACUUACCAAUAGUUUCAUUUUGAUUGUGACACUAGAGCGAUCAUCAGAGGUUGCAAGUUGUAGAUUCAAUGUCUAUUUCUAAAAGGUUAAGUCUUUUCGAUUUGACAUUUUAAUCAGCCCAUGGGAAUUCAGAACCGUUGUUUGCGCAAUAAGUUCAUCGUCUUGCAUUCCUGGCUUUAAGUUUAGCUGGUCGAGGUAAUUUUUCGAGUCGCAAAAUUUCGCGAAAUGUGAGUGCCUUGAGACUUGCUGAUUUAAAGGAAAUUAAAUGUUGCCACGUAAGAACAAUAGAAUGCGGAACAUAUUUCACGAUUGUUCGCCGUCAUAACGGAGGGCGUUUGAUAUAUAACAUUGCACUGUUUGUUUCUUCGAUAUUUCCCUAUUGUGAGCCGUAUUUCAUUUUCGCAAGAAACGAGAGGCAAUUAACCCAAACGUAUUUCAUAAACUGGUGUUGGAAAUCCCAGUAUAGCAACACUAGUCACUCGCGUAGUUUUCUUUUCCUAUCUUUAUUCUAGUCGUCACACGCUUCGUAUCGCGUCGAUCUUAGCCUAUAUCUUUUUUCAAAACCACAAUUCUAAAGACCACCCUUGGUUUUGCGUUGCGAGGUUACACGGCUGACGUCACUUUUCCGACACCCUCCCCCCAUUUGUCUCGGAGAGCAAAUGUCUGUCGAGAAAUGAACCUUAUCGCUUAGAUUUUAUGAACGAAUCUAUCAUCUAGAAUUUUCAAUCGAUUUCCUAAUCACACUAAUCAUUGAUCAAUCAGUAGCCAUAGUGGCAGAUGUUCAGUUCAUAAGUAGAAUGUUCAAGCAUCCGAUCCGCUGUUGUCAUCCAAUCUGUUUCGGUUUGGUUCAAAGUUCAACCCCCCUUCCUCAUCGUGAGCAAGAUCCUCCAUACGUAAUCUUGCUGCGACGGCUGCAUCACGGGAAGGCCUGAACGCUGGCGCUUCAAUGCGCAACUCGGUCGUUGGAGGUCUGUCGCCGUUUCCCGGUCGAUCACAUGACAGUUCUAACGGAUACAGCUGCUGUACUGCUCGCUCUAGAUGUGAGGUCCCUGUGCGCAACUUUGCUCCCCGGACAACACCGUCACGCCCUUUGAUUAGUUCCGUGACGAUCCCGACCUUCCAUUUCCCGCGAUUCUUGUCGUCCGACUUGAUCAGCACGACCUCGCCCACAAUAGGAUUUUCGGACUUUCCAGGAUUCUUUAGACGAUGGCGUUCGCGCAGCCCCUUUAAGUACUCCCCCGUCCAUCGCUUCCAGACGGCCUCCUUGCAUCGUCUGAGAUACUUUGCUCGCUUGCGUAAUUCACCGUCUUCUAUGCAGUGCGGUUCCAACUCGAGUAGUGCAUUUGGUUGACCAAACAACAAGGAGUGGGGGGUCAAGAUCGGUAGCUGCACAUCGUUCUCCACGUAACUUAAAGGUCGGUUGUUGACUGCAACCUCUACGUCUAGUAUAACCUCCUCUAACUUGGUCCACGUUAGGAACCCGUUUCCAAUGGUCUUCUGUAGACUUCUCUUCACCAAUCCAACCAUUCUCUCGAACUGCCCUCCCCACCAGGGUGCUCUGCUCAGGUUGAAUUGCCACUUGAUUUCUUGACGGGAGAGGAAUUCGUUGAGGCGUUCGUCAGUCAUCACUUGUUUCAGCCACUUAGCUGCUGCCACGAAGGUACUCCCGUUGUCUGAGUAAAUCUUUUCUGGCCGCCCACAUCGGGCGAUAAACCGUUUCAGGCAUCGAAGGAAUUCUCCCGUUUCUAGGCUGGGUAGUAGCUCAAGGUAAAUACCUCUGGUCAGGCUACAGGCGUAAAGCGUUAUGUAAGCUUUGCCUUCAUGAUUCCUCCCCUUUCUAUACUUCAGUGGUCCGGCGAAAUCCACUCCGACUACUUGGAACGCAUUUUCUCCUUCGGUACGAUCCCUUGGUAGCUGUCCUGGUGGCGGGACCGCAAACGCUGUGGCGCGGAACCGCUUGCAGCCGUUACAAGCUUUAACGACUCUUUUUGCAAGGCGAUGCAACCUGGGAACCCAGUACCUUUCACGAAUCUUUGCCAUUGUGAGGCUCACUCCCCCGUGGAGUGUCCUGAUAUGUGCGUCUGCCACCAUCUUCUCCGCGAACGGAUGAGACUCAGGCAAGUAAAUGGGAUAGUCUCCCUGAAUCCGCCCUCGGCAUUCCAGUAACCCGUCUGCGUUUUCUUGUAGGUUCAGCUGAACACGAUGAUCUUCGAACCGCUCGUCUCUCUUGAAUUUCACCUGUGUUCGCUUUAGCCACAGGUGUCGCUGCAUCUCGAUCUCCUCUGUCGUGAGUGGUCCCUUAGAUCUUCUCGUCUUUUCGCUCCGUAGGUUAUGUAUGAAUCGAGUCACCCACGCACAAACCCUUAGGGUUUUCCAUAAGUUGAACUUGAUCAGCAAGGCGUCUAGGAUGUCUGUCUUAGCUUGUGCUACAGCGAAUACGUCCCGUAUCACUUUUGCUUCCGCCUGACUGUCUGGUGUGGCCGUUGUCUUAAUAUCGGCUGGCCAUCGCUCUCGGUCUAGUAGCCACUCAGGCCCUCUCCACCAUAGCUCUUCAUUUUCCACGCUUCCGCUCCGACUGCCAAGGUCAGCUGGGUUGUCCUUUGUACCCACAUGACGCCAGUUUACUUCUGGGUGUUGCUGGAUUUUCUGCACUCGAUUGCUUACGAACUGCUUGUAACUCCCUGCUCCCUUGAUCCAAUGUAACGCAACGCUGCUGUCCAACCAGCAAACCAUAUUUCCAACUGGGAAACCCUCUAAUGCUUCCUUAACGUUCACAAUGAGAUUGGUCGCCAUGUGACCGGAGACCAACUCGAGGCGGGGGAUGGUGAGGCCUUGCUUCGCCAGUCUAGCUUUGGCUGCUAUCAGCCCAACACUAUCACCGGAUGGUUGAGAUAUGACACCGUACACUGCCGCAGAAACGCCUUGUCCGCUUGCGUCGCCGAAACAAUGUAGCUCAAUGUUGCUGAUCUCUUCAAAGUGUUGAGGUAUGGCUCUGGGUACGGAAAUGCUCACUGGUAGCUGUGCUUCCCAUCUUGACCACUUGGUUCCCAGUUGACCAGGAAGUUGAGCAUCCCAUCCGACUUUCAAAUCACAUGCGUCUCGGUACAGUAGUUUUCCACUCAAUGUCAUAGGCGCUGCGAGCCCCCUACGGGUCAUACACUCUUGCUAUCUUCGCUAGUAUCCCUCUCUUUGUCACUUGGGUGCGGUCAGUUGGGAAAUUUAUUUCAAUGGUAUCUUGUCGCUUGUUCCAUGGAAGCCCGAGAAUAGAUCCCCCUCCUUCUUGAGGUGCACCCAACUGUUCUUUCGCGAAUGUAGUAUCUUCGCUAAGAGGAUCACCAGGGGACUCCACUGCCGGAACAUUUGAAUGCCACUUGUGCAGCUUGAAUGAGGCUUGGUUAAAGACCUGGGUAACGCCUGCUUUGACUUCAAGGGCAGCUUUUACGGUGGGUCCCCCGCUGAUAAGGUCAUCGACGUAUAGACUCUUCUCUAUUUCCCUCACCAGGUCCGGAUUCUCGGUACGACAGGCUUCCAGGUGUUGUUUGAUAACUCCCCCAAGAAGAAAGGGCGAUGGGGCCAAACCAAACAGAGCUCUCGUGAAUCUCAGUGUUUCCACUCGCCUGGAUUGCAAGUCCGUGAUCCAGUGGAAUCUCAUGGCAUCCCUGUCUUCUUCCCGUAUUCGUACUUGUAAGAACGCUUGCUUGAUAUCACCUGUUAACGCGACUGGGUGGAAACGUGCACGGACAAGAACAGCCCAAAGCUUGUUCUGCAACGGAGGUCCCGCGUGAAGGCACUCGUUGAGAGAAGGAGCCUUCUCUGAAGCUCGGGCAGAGGCGUCGUACACGAUUCGAAGUUUGGUACUCUCUGCAGCUUGUCUCACCACUGCUUUAUGUGGAAUAUAGAACUCCUUUCCCACUGGUGGGCCUGACACUCGCUCCACUAUUCCUUCGUUAAGCUGGUCUUUAAUUAUGGCGUCAUACUUCUGGAGUAUUCCGUUCUUCUCCAGUUUCCGAAUGGUACUUUCCAAUCGCUUCAAGCUUCCCGCUCUGUGGUUGGGCAGUGGAGGGUGGUUUCCCCUCCAGGGUAGCCCCGUCUCGUACCAUCCCUCUGGCCCUCGUGUUAAUUGUUCCUUGAAUUCUUCAUAAACAUCUGCUUGAUCUCCGCCUGGUGUGUCACGCAAUCCUAGAACAUCUAAUUUGCAUAGUUGUUCGUAAUCUGCCGCUGUCGUCUGGGUCAAGAACAUAUUAGAGAGGUCAACUUCUUUACCUGGUGACAUAAUUGUCCAUCCGAACUUUGUUAGCUCUGCAACAGGUUCGCCGGGACGUCCGAUCUUUGGUAUGGUUUCUGUCUUUAUUUUCGCGUACUCGCUCGCACCCAGGAUAAUGUGGACUGGUAGCUCAGGCUUCUCGUCUCUGUCGUCCAUGUAUACCCCAUCCAAGUAGGGAUAUUUCUCCAGUAUCCCAGCAUAUCCUGGGUUGUCAAGUGAUAGCAAUGUACUACGGUCCACUCUGGUGACUUCCGUUUCCAAUCGAAAUUUUCCAUCAAGGCUGCCAAUCGUCACGCUAUGAACUCCGAUGACCUUGUUUGUUGACCCAAGCAUCAUCUCUAUGCGCUUGAAUUCUUCUCGUAGCGGUUUGUUUCCCAGGUGUUCAAGGAUAGCUGACGACGCGUAUGAGCUGCCUGCCCCAGUGUCUAGGAGUGCGCGGCAUUUGAUUCCAUUUACUUCCACGACAACAACGGGAUACACGACUCUCUCUGUUCCUUUGUUUUGUGCCGUCAUAAAUCUUCCCCUCGUUGUGUGACCGCUUGGUGGGCGAUCACAUAUUGACGUGUGAUGUCGGCGUUGACAGUUAUGACACCCGCGGCUUCUACAGCUGUCUGCUCUGUGUUUGUCACUUGUACAAUUAAAACACAACUGUUUUUGGCUCAGAAUUCGUUUCCGGUCUCCGACCGCGACAACUUUGGUGCAAUUAGCGGAUGUGUGGUUCGUGUCAUCGCAAUAGACGCAUCCGCGCAUCUGUCCUCCAUUUGCUUGUUGUUGGACCUGAAGACCUUCCGCGUGGCGGCGGAACACGGGCAUUCCAGUCGUUGCGAUCAUUCUUCCUCUUGGACACACUCCCACCAUCGCUUUCUUCUCCUUCUGAAUUUAUGUCUCUCCAACCUUUAAUUGCCUGAAUCAGUUUAGCGAAAUCCCAGUCUCGCCAAUCUUCGUGUCCCCGGACUAAGUCUCCCUUUAUUCCUUUCAGUUUGUCUAACACCGCCCUCACAUUUCCGGAGACUUCACGUAACUUCCCGAGCGUCUCUAAGCUUUGUACAUUGAACAGAAACCUUUUGUAAAACUCAUUAAUUUCUUUUGGACUGGCCCUUGUGAUGGUAGGCAAACCCAUGAUGUUGUUUACAUAUGCAUUUACAAUUUCUGACGUUUUUCCGUACUCCGAUUUUAGGAUGGCCUUCGCCCUUUCGUACCCCUCAAGAUUGAACGGGAGUCCAUCUAUGUCCGCUCGUACCUUUGUAACAAGGAGUUCCUUUAGAUAAGCGAACUUUGUCACUGCUGACAGAUCCGUCGCGUCUAUUUCCGCGGAAAAUUUAUUCCAAAAGAGAGCCAUUGUUCGAAGGACCCAUCAAACUUCGUUAUUGAUAGCUUUGGCAACUUUGCGUGCAUUCCGGUAUCGCCUGAUAACCCUUUCCCUUUUUGCUACCUAAUUCUUCUGAUUUUUUUUUUCGUAAUCAAGCUUCAUUUCCCAUUGUGCUUUUUCAAACGCGAGUUGCUCCUCUCUCUCCUUCGCGAUUGUCGCUUUCUCGCUUUCUUUUUCGGCCAUUUGCGAUUUUUUUUUUCUUCACCUCCCCAAACACUUCCCAAGGUAUUCGAUCUCCGCGUCUACACCCUCAAUAACUUUGUCUAUUUCAUUGCUCCAUGCACAUACCUCGUCCAUUUGCUCACCCUUUGCAAUCUUCUUCUCUUCGAUCUUUAAUUUGACCUCGUCCGCUUCUUUUUGCUAAACACACCAACCCGUCACGGUGUCUCCCAAUAGUUGUCGCGUUUGCCUUGUCCACAAUGCCCUUUCCUUUUCUUGCUUGUACGCCAAAAGCUUGAGUUUUGCGUCCAAAUUCUUCUGAAGUGCCUCCAGUUCCAUGUCUCGAUCUCAGUCCGUCGGAGGUGCCAGUUAGUGUUGGAAAUCCCAGUAUAGCAACACUAGUCACUCGCGUAGUUUUCUUUUCCUAUCUUUAUUCUAGUCGUUACACGCUUCGUAUCGCGUCGAUCUUAGCCUAUAUCUUUUUUCAAAACCACAAUUCUAAAGACCACCCUUGGUUUUGCGUUGCGAGGUUACACGGCUGACGUCACUUUUCCGACACUGGUGGUAACUUAAGAUUUUGCCUGCCUUCGUGCAAAUAUAUCAUCACUGCUAUAAACUGUGUGCAGUUCAAGGACUAAAGCAAGAUAUAGUGGCAAGAUUUUCGAAUUCGAAAUUAUGUUAAGCUCAAGAUUAACAGCCUGCUGAAAUAAUUCAUUUGAAGUGGAUGGAUCUGGAUACUUUUUCUUCUGAUAUUUUGAUUUCUGAAUAUACAAGUUCGUAUUUAUUUUGUAGGACUGUUGGGGUUAACUAGCUUGAACAACUCGCGCAACGGAGACAACAGGAGUCUUUGAUCAAGAACUUUUAUUCACUUGCUGUUUAAUGACUCUUACUGACUUUUCAUCUGAAUAACUGAGUCUCUGUAUCUCUCUCGUAUUCAGCCCUUAAGUAGGUGUUCUUUAUGAAAUAUCUUACCGGUAGGCAUGUUUGGGAAUGAACAUAUUUUUAGAAUGCUACUGACCCAAACAAUUUCGUAAGGCAUUUGAGAAAACUUCCCUUUGUGGACUCUAAGCAAAGUCAAGGACAAACCCAAACACGACAAACGAUAAUCGUACGAUGAUUAAGCCAAGCCCUUAGCCAGAACAGUCUUAAUUUCAGUAUUUCGCAAACACUUCUAAUUCAAGUAGUUCACAACAAUUCCAUUCAUACUUGCAGGAUAAUCGUUACAACCGAUCAGAAUUGCUUCCUAAUAAGGCCAUACUUCGUUCCCUGUACUAUUCCUUAUAACGUGCAGUUCCUCUCGUAACUUAACACCGAGUCACACAACGCGUGACGCGUUCAUAAAUUAAUCGUUGGCUUUUUCUCGAGACGUGAGCUUGGGCCGCUUGUGACAAGACAAUUGCGUAAACAAUAUGUAACAUAACAACAUUAUACACAAAAAAACACAGGGUUUUGGAUCACGUAUUUAUUAAAAAGGAAUAUCCAUACAACUACAAUGAAAACAAACGUAAGAUUCACCUUUCUGAUCGUGAAAUUAAUACCAUUCGUACUGUUAUCGUAGCUACGUUCCUUGCCAUCAAGUGAAUCCAACAUGUCGUCUUUCUUCACAAGCAGUUUGCAUCCCUUAUAGCUAUGUUCUUCAGUCUCACGGUAGAAGCGUUGUUCAAUAGAUUGCAUAGAGUAUAUGCAGUUUGGUUUCAGAUUUCAGAUUUUGCUUUUUACAACAAGUGAACAUUUUUUAACUAAGACAUCGGCAUACUUAGCAUGCAAGGCAUUCAAGGCUUUCAUGGCUUUCAAGCGUUCGCGACUCAAUCCGUUCCAAAAUUACCGCUCAAUAACAUCUUUCAGUGUGGAUUAGCCGCGAUUAAUACGACUUGUAUAUGCGUCUGUAAGUAUUUUGCGCGUUUGCGCUAUAAUGCUCCAGGAGAUCGAAAUCCAAAUACGUUGAAAUACAAAACAACUGACCUAAGAGUUUUAUAAGCAAAAUCUCGUGUUUGUCAUGUGACCCGGCCCUGUCUGUGCAUGACAACGUCAAUCAUCAUCAAGAUAACACGCGUGAUCAGCAUGUGAACACCUCAUUGGAUCACAGUUAGUUGUCAUGGAGUUGAGGGAUAACACGCGUGAUCAGUAUGUGAACACCUCAUUGGAUCACAGUUAGUUGUCAUGGUAUUGAGGGCCCAAUGACCUCUGGGUACUAUUGCGCAAUUUUUCCAUUUUGUGGGGGAGGAAAAAAAAAAAAAAAAAAAACUAGACUCUGUGAGCAGGGUGACUGGGAUACCUGGAUGGUACUGGAUCCUUGGAAUCAAGUGUAGUGAUACUACGGGUGUCGGAUUAGUAUACUGAAAUAGUGAGCUCAAGUCUGGCUAAGGGCAUACACCUAUUUCAAAAAAUAGGCAUGCUAUGCAUGCAAGAGUUAUUUUUGUAGGGGUGGGUGGAUUACUGGUGGUCUACAUUCUUACAAAAGGAAAGAAGAGUAUUAACGUGGAAAAGAACGAAAAUGUCGAAUUACCUCACACACAGGUAUUUUGUGGUAGAUUAUGUGUGUUGAGCGAAUAAAUGUAACCAAAAAUAAACUGUAUUGGUGCCACAGAUACCUGUUAGUACAAAAUGCAGUCAGCAGACCGGAUACAAAAUAUAGACUGGAGACUACAGAGUGGGUACAAAAUGCAGACUGAGAAUCUGAAGAGUUUUUACGUCUGGUAAAUAAUAACUUGUCAUCUUACAGCUUACCGAGCGUCACGCAAUCGCUUUUCCUCGAUCAGCCUUCACGAUUAUUUGCACUAUUGUGGAAAAUUCCUAGCCCAUUUCUUGAUGAAAAUCGAUCGUAAUAUAAUUUCAAGCCUUCAAUAUACUCUUCUUACUUUGUGCGCGAGUUGGUUUGUGUGAUGUCUGUACAGAUUUUACCAACGUAACAAAAGUAGAUUAUGUGAAUAACAGUGAUGGUAAAGCAAGCUUAAAACGGCAGAAAUCACCAGAAACUUCAACGGAUACACAGUUCGCGAUUCAAUCCGGUCCAAAAUUACCGCUCAAUAACAUCUUUUAGUGUGGAUUGGCGGCGAACAAUACGACUUGUGUAUGCGUCUGUAAGUAUUUCGAGCGUUUGCGCUAUAAUGCUUCAGGUGAUCGUAAUCAGAACACGUUGAAAUACAAAACGACCGACAAAAGAGUUUUCUAAGCAAAAAUCUCGUGUUCGUCAUGUGACCCGGACCUGUCCGUGCAUGACAACGUCAAUCAUUAUCAAGAUAACACGUGAUCAGCAUGUGGACACCUUCACCCUCAUUGGAUCACAGUUAGUUGUCAUGGUGUUGAGGGCGCAAUGACCACUGGGUACUAUUGCGCAAUUUUUCCAUUUUGUGGCGGAGGAAAAAAAAAAAAAAAGACAAAAAACAAAGGCAUUUUAUGACUGGGCUACCACAGGUAUCCCAGUAAAAAGCGGUGACUUUUCAAAUGGCCACUAACAAAAUAAAAUUUUCCUAGGGUCUGGCUUAAAAUGCUACAAGUGCGUCAGUUUAAAGAGUUGGGAGGACUGCGCACUCAACCAAACAGAAGUUACAUGUGCCGGUGGACUUGAUCGGUGUGGUAAAGCGUCCGUGAGCUUCACGAAGGAUCGUAAACAGGUACAUGGCUACGACAAAGACUGCGUUUCUUCAACGCUGAUGUGUGAAGACUGGGAAAAGUCCGACUUCUGCAAAGACAAAGAAUGCAAAAUAACCUGCUGCUCUGAGGAUCUGUGUAAUGGAGCUCCGUUGCCUGUUAUGAGUUCUGUCAUCUUCAUCUCAUGCUUUGUAAUGGCUUUAGUGUUUUAGAUCAGCAUCGAGUUGAGUAUCAGAAAUACUAUUGUUACUGCGUUAUUAAUUUUUUACAGCCGUGUUUUCGUUCAUGUAGUUCAAAAUCGGUGAACGUUAAGUGAACAUGAGUUGCCCUUAUUUUUUUCUUAUCAUAUUGUUGCGGGUUGUUUGGAGAACUUUGGCUUGCAGAAGUAACAGCUAUAAACGUUUUCUUCUAUUAUUUGUCAAGUAGUAGAAUCAAUCUUAAAUAAAACUUCUGAUUAAGGAAAGAAAUAGACUCCCCUGUCUGCCUUAUUUAUCUCGGCCUUAAAAUCUCUUGUUAAAUAUAUUUUUUAGAGAAGUUGAAUUGAAUUGGCGGUUUAACACAGGUAGUGAUUAAUUACCCUCUAAGGUUAGGUUGAACCUUUACAGCUAAAUUUAUUCUAAAACAAACAAAAAAAAGAUUAACACUUAUUUUAGACCUAGUAGGACCACUCUCCUUUUGGAAGUUGUUGAACUUUGAGUUUCCUAAAGUUCGCAUGGUGGGGGGAGGGAGGACAACUAAG